AUGCAAAACCAACUUCAAUAGUUCCUCACUAUUCUUGCCACAAGAGAAGAAGUUAUUUUUAUGAUUCGCAUCUUAACACAUUAAACUUUAGAAGAUGGAAGAAAUCUUAGAGAAUAUCAAUAUGAAAUCAUGAAAGGAGAAAGAAAGAGAGAAGAACUAGAAAAUUAAGUGUAAUUUAAUUAUUUUUAUGAUAGUUAUUAAACUAUAACUGAAUCUAUACAUAGAAAAGUAUUUCUACCAAAAGUUGUAUAGAAAUUUAACAAAAUACAAACAUAUUAUUCCAAUAAAACUAAAGUAAUCAAUAUUUAAUUUAUCAGAUCUACUUUCCUAAAUAAGGAUAAUAAAUUGGAUAAGAAAACAUUGUUUAACCAAAUCUAAGGAAUAUUAUAAUCAGUAUGCAACAUGAGAGUUUGAUUUCCAUCCUUAAAUACUUGAGUAACGUGUAGAAAAUGAGAAUGAAAUUAGAACUCAAUCGGGCAUAGUAUAUGGAAAAGUAAUAUAUAAAAGGCUAUGGUUUAUUCUAGAGAAGAAAGAUGUAAUCGUAAUGAAAAGUUCUUUUCCGAACCUUUACUUAUUGGAAAUUUUGGUAUGAAUUAUAUCAACAAAUUGCAUCAGAAAUAUUAUUACUUAGCAUCAUAAAGAAAUUGGAAGAAUGUUUAUGAUGUUCUUAUUUUAGAUGAUAAUACAAAAUAAUUAUAUCUAUAAGGAGCAGGUUAAUUAGGAUAUCUAUUUAGGUUUUAAGAGUGUGAUUGCCAGUAUUAAUAAAUAAAAGAAAUCCAAUGAUGUUCCUUAAGUUUAUAUACCAAUAGAAACAACCUAAGAAAUCAUUACUACUCGUUAUGAAAAAUUACUCAAAGAUCUUAUGGAUAUGAAUUACCAUGUUUCCAAAUCUAUUAUGAAAUAUAAUUAAUUGCAUUAACGCAGAAAAAAGAAUAAGGAAUCAUAAAAUAGAAUCAAAAUAACUACAACUAGACAUUCUUAAUAAGAGAAAAUACUUAAUUUAAGUGAUUUUGGUAAAUUUUCAGCACCAUCAUCCAGAUAUAGUAGAUCAAGAUAACUUAAAACAUAAUUAUCAUGUCUAUAAUCUCCAUCUGAACCACAUAUUAAAUAAUAUGAAUUUCUUUUAAGUUUGCGUCAACCUGUUAAUUCAGGUCGUUUGAUUAUUAAAUGCAUUAAUUAAAAUUCAUGAAAUACUUUAAGGAAGCUUCUUUUUCAUUGAAAUAAAAAUUUGGUUACACUCCAGAAGAAUAAGCUAUCAAACUUUUUGAUCAAGCAUAUCAUUAUGAUAGUUCAAUUCUUCCUAUAAAUCUUCUUGAUCAAAUUGCUGAAUUAAGCUUUCAAAUGUAUAAUUCAUCAUUAAAAUAUAUGUAGGGAACAUUAUCCAAAAAUAAUCAAUUAAAUUGUUCUGCAAUUAUCAACUAUUGGAAUCACUACUAAUGUCAUACUUAAAGUAUUAAAUUUUUCAAUUAUUUUUAGACACUUAUUAUUACAGAUUAUCUAUUAAAAUAUGGAUGUUCUGGUAUAAUAGAUGAUUUGAAAGUUAGAAUAUAUAUGUUUAGAAAUUAUCAAGAAUUUAAAAUUGAUUUUUAAGAUCCUAUUUAUAUAACAAGUAUCUAAUUCAAAAAUAUAAAGUUCGAUAAAAAGCUGGAAAUAUUGCUAAUUAAUUAACUAAUAGAAAACUUUUAUACAAGGAAAAAGAAAUAGCAAAACAUAUUAAACUUAAAAUAUAAAUAAAUAAAUAAAAAACAUAAUCAUUAAGUAAUUAAGAUUAUAAGUAAACUACUACUACUUUAGAUGAUAUUUUAGAAAAUUAUAUUUUUAAAUAUAUGGAUAAAUUUAAUGAUAAAAUAGAAAGUUGGGGAGAUAAAAUAAAUGAUAAAUUAGAUUAAAUAAUUGAUAAUAUUACUAUUAAUGCUGCAUAUGAAAGAGAUGAAAAUGGUUAUUACUUNACAAAAUAAUUAUAUCUAUAAGGAGCAGGUUAAUUAGGAUAUCUAUUUAGGUUUUAAGAGUGUGAUUGCCAGUAUUAAUAAAUAAAAGAAAUCCAAUGAUGUUCCUUAAGUUUAUAUACCAAUAGAAACAACCUAAGAAAUCAUUACUACUCGUUAUGAAAAAUUACUCAAAGAUCUUAUGGAUAUGAAUUACCAUGUUUCCAAAUCUAUUAUGAAAUAUAAUUAAUUGCAUUAACGCAGAAAAAAGAAUAAGGAAUCAUAAAAUAGAAUCAAAAUAACUACAACUAGACAUUCUUAAUAAGAGAAAAUACUUAAUUUAAGUGAUUUUGGUAAAUUUUCAGCACCAUCAUCCAGAUAUAGUAGAUCAAGAUAACUUAAAACAUAAUUAUCAUGUCUAUAAUCUCCAUCUGAACCACAUAUUAAAUAAUAUGAAUUUCUUUUAAGUUUGCGUCAACCUGUUAAUUCAGGUCGUUUGAUUAUUAAAUGCAUUAAUUAAAAUUCAUGAAAUACUUUAAGGAAGCUUCUUUUUCAUUGAAAUAAAAAUUUGGUUACACUCCAGAAGAAUAAGCUAUCAAACUUUUUGAUCAAGCAUAUCAUUAUGAUAGUUCAAUUCUUCCUAUAAAUCUUCUUGAUCAAAUUGCUGAAUUAAGCUUUCAAAUGUAUAAUUCAUCAUUAAAAUAUAUGUAGGGAACAUUAUCCAAAAAUAAUCAAUUAAAUUGUUCUGCAAUUAUCAACUAUUGGAAUCACUACUAAUGUCAUACUUAAAGUAUUAAAUUUUUCAAUUAUUUUUAGACACUUAUUAUUACAGAUUAUCUAUUAAAAUAUGGAUGUUCUGGUAUAAUAGAUGAUUUGAAAGUUAGAAUAUAUAUGUUUAGAAAUUAUCAAGAAUUUAAAAUUGAUUUUUAAGAUCCUAUUUAUAUAACAAGUAUCUAAUUCAAAAAUAUAAAGUUCGAUAAAAAGCUGGAAAUAUUGCUAAUUAAUUAACUAAUAGAAAACUUUUAUACAAGGAAAAAGAAAUAGCAAAACAUAUUAAACUUAAAAUAUAAAUAAAUAAAUAAAAAACAUAAUCAUUAAGUAAUUAAGAUUAUAAGUAAACUACUACUACUUUAGAUGAUAUUUUAGAAAAUUAUAUUUUUAAAUAUAUGGAUAAAUUUAAUGAUAAAAUAGAAAGUUGGGGAGAUAAAAUAAAUGAUAAAUUAGAUUAAAUAAUUGAUAAUAUUACUAUUAAUGCUGCAUAUGAAAGAGAUGAAAAUGGUUAUUACUUUCCAGAAUCUUGUAUGGAUGAAAUCACAAUUACAAAUAAUAAUAAAAAUAAUGAAAAUUAAGAAUAGUCAUCAUAAUAAGAUCAAAAAAUAAUAAAACAUUAGAAUAAAGAUUUAUGUAAAUAUAAUAAUAAUAAGUUAGUGGAAUUUGAAAAUUAAGAUAAUUAAUAAUAGCCAAAACAAGAGAUUAAUUUACUAGAUUGA